AUGAACGGCACGUCGUCGGAAGCAGGCAGCGAGUCGCUGGUCAUCGACUUCGACAGCACGCCCAUCAGCACGUCGCAGACGCGCCCGCAGGACAUCCCGUCGUCACCGCCGUACACGAACGGGAACGGCUCGGGCUACCUGAACGCCUACGAUGCGGGAUCGUCGGCGAUCCUGGGGACGUCACCGACUCGCACCACCACGGGGAAGAGCGGACGGGUCAUCGAGAAGCUUAUGGCGGAGAACGACCGGUUGCGGAGAGAGCUCAAGGUCGAGACCACCGCGAGAGAGGAGGAGAGGAAGGCCAAGGAGGCGAUUCGACAAGCUAGGGACUUUCUGCAGAGCACGAACGAUAAUCUCAUACUGCAGAAUAAUAUCGACAAGAGCUCGCUCGCGCGGAAGGAUCGAAAGAUUGAUGAGUUGAAGGCGGAGAGGGAUUUUGAGAGGGAGCAGAGGCUGGAGCUCGACGAGAGGUCCAUGAUCCAGAUCAGGGAGAGCGAUUCGCAGGUCCAGGACUUGAAGAAUAUGAUGUCGAGAUCGCAAGCGGAACGAGAAUUGGCCGUGAACCAGUACAACGUUGUGCGGGAGGAGUUCCGACGGCUAGAUGAUAGCUACCGACAACGGAUCGAGCGACUGCAGGUACACCUCACCGCCAUCUCGGCCGAGCGAGAACGAGACCACAAGUUCCUCCAGCAACUCGAGGUCAUCGUCGAGCAGCAGCGACAAGAGCUCGAGAAGCUGCGGCUGGCGAAAAACAAGAUCACCGACAAGUGCGGGGAGGUCAUAGAGCAGGCCGACAGCGAGAUGGCGCGGAUAAAGAAGAUGGCUAUAACUCAAGAGCGGAAGUUGGACGAGACGGUGGAGAGCGCACAGGAGACACUUUUUGCACUUCGACGCUUGAUAGGUGUGGAAAAGGCAUUCCGGCCUUCGUCAACAGAGAGUACGGGGAGCUAA